AUGUUUAGAGCCUCAACAAAAGCUGCCAAUCCAUUGCUCCACAAGGUAGUGGCUGGUGCGGUAGGUGUCACAGGCUUGUCUGCCUCCUAUUUGUUGUAUCAGGACUCCAUUACCGCUUCUGCCAUGACUGCCGCUGAACACGGAUUGCACCCACCAGCAUACGGAUGGUCACAUAACGGCAUGUUUAGCACCUUUGACCACGCGUCGAUCAGAAGAGGGUUCCAGGUGUACCAGGAGGUGUGUGCUGCAUGCCAUUCGUUGGAAAGAAUUGCUUGGAGAAACUUGGUAGGAGUAUGUAAAACUACAUCGGAAGCCAAGGCCAUGUGUGAAGACUUGGAGUACGAUGAUGAACCUGAUGACGAGGGAAAGCCACAAAAGAGACCUGGUAAGUUGGCUGAUUAUCUUCCUUCGCCAUACGAGAAUGAACAGGCUGCUAGAGCUGCCAAUCAAGGUGCUCUUCCACCUGAUUUGUCGUUGAUUGUUAAGGCCAGACACGGAGGUUGUGAUUACAUCUUCUCGUUGUUGACCGGAUAUCCUGAGGAACCACCAGCAGGUGUGACGUUGCAACCAGGUACCAAUUACAACCCAUACUUCCCUGGUGGAGCUCUUGGAAUGGCCAGAGUUUUGUUUGAUGAUUUGGUGGAGUACGAGGAUGGAACUCCUGCCACCACUUCCCAGAUGGCCAAGGACGUUACCACGUUCUUGAAUUGGGCCGCUGAACCUGAGCACGAUGAUAGAAAGAAGUGGGGUCUUAAAGCUUUGAUUGUGACUUCAGGAUUGUUUGUGCUUUCCAUAUGGGUUAAGAGAUUCAAAUGGCAACCAAUCAAGAACAGAAAGAUCAAAUUCGAACCUCCAAAGAAGCACUAG